AUGCUACAGACCUGCUACAGUGACUGAGGGGGAAACUGCUUCUUUGACCCUCAGGACUAAUUCUGUUUUGAGUUUGACCACCUGUGGGAGGUAAUCAGCAAACCAGUUGUAGGAUGUGAUGCUAGACGGAGUUGUUGAGAAGAGUUGGUGAGAGGCCUUCCAUGGGGUUUGAAGGCCUUUGUGAGCUGCUACUUUCCUGUAGGAAACUGCUGUGUGGUCAAAAAAAGACUUAGGAAGAGGCAGCUGUUUAUGGCCUGCAUUGAGGAAAAAAUCAGGAACAGCUUUUGGAAGUCAGACUGGAUGACUCCACUUACUAUAUAGGUUACAGGGAUCUUUCUCCUUGUGAUGCACUAAUUCAAAGAUGCCAACCUCCACGUAAUUGUCUGUGUGAGCAAGUCUGUGAGUGAGACUCUAAAUGCUAUAGACCAAAGUCAGUGUGCCACAGAUUUUGUGAAACUUCUGAAAGCUGAGGAUACCAAGUUUCAUAUUGCCAUUCUGGAAAACAUUCAGGUUUUGUCAGAGGAAACCCUAUUACUCAACACUUUUAUGAACUGGAAUAAACUAUUGAAUGAUCAGUAUCUGAACAUCAAUGUCUCUGAUAGAGAAGUGCCUCCACACUUAUUGAAACUAUUUGAUAUGAUGGCCUAA